AUGCCUUUCCCAAUCACCAAACUCCCGUAUUUGCCUCAAGUCGAGGUUCUGAAACAGCUAGAGCUCCAGGAGUUAUUCUUGUUGAGUCUAUGCUCAGAGAAGUCAAAAAAAUUGGUUCAAACCGCCAACCUGAAAGUCGAAAUCCUGAAGUUUUCACUGAAUGGAAAAGGGAUUCAAGUGUUGGUGGAAUCCAAUGAUGACGUUCAUUGUGUAGCAAGUAUGAAGUUGGUCCAAUUGGCUUCCAGUGAUGAGACACCGAUAAAGUUAGGAGGCAGCAAGGUCCAGUGCAGAUGCAUCGAAGAACCACCAACAAGCCAGCUGUCACACACUUUCCAGUAUCUUCAAACAGAAGAAAAAAUAGUCUUCGAAUCAAUCCAACACCAUAUGCGCACCCUGUUCCGCGACACACCACGAGUUCAACUGGAACUAUCUUCCAUUGCUGCUCUAAGCAAAGCUGAAGUCAUCAAGGAUGUCACCGACACAAGUUUUAGUAUGGAGACACUGGAGACCUCUGUACUCGAGAACUAUUUGAGCACUCGACAAGAUCAACAGAGCAUUCAGCUAAAAGCCAGUCUUGUCGGACCACCAUUAGCUGGAAAUUCAAGACUAUGGAAUGUCAAAGGGCUAGCGGUUCAUGGUACUUUUGCGGAUCUGGUUAACCAAAUUCUGUUGGGACCACGCGUGGUAAUUCCCGGAAUAAUAAGGAACUUCGGUGGGGAACACUUGUGCUUCACCGAUGUUAUGUAUAAUAUCGACAGCUGGAGACAAUUGAUAAGAAGAUGGAGAGCGAAAGAAGCUUACCACGAUUUAAGAUGGUUUUCUACAACAUCACCCGCAGCACUGCCUAUAAUAGCUGGAACUGCGUUGGACGAAUUUAAUUUGGUGCGGUGGGAUGGGAUAAGGAGACCGAGAACUGUGAAAUUGGAUUCAAAAAUUGUCAGUUUCAUUAUGAAGGAGGAAAUCGAUUGCUCCAGCUGGAUGGAUAUUCAACAGGAUGGUGGAGGGAAGUGGGCAUCGAUUAAGAUGACAGAUAGUACGAUAUGUUUUGUUGUGUGGGAUUGA